GGGUCGGACGUGGUCGAUGCAGCAAGAUGCGGCGGUGGGGCGAUCGAAGAGAUUAACCACAAGCCUGGCCGCACAAACGAGUGAACCCAGCCCCCUCUCUUCACUCUCUCCAUACGCCACCAUGCCUGCAUCCAAUGCCUUUUCAUGGCUCUCCUCUCUCUCUCCUCGCCUACCACCUUCCGAGCUCGAGCCCACCUCAUCCACCGACCUGGACCCAGGUCCACUAAACCCAGACCCCUAAGACGCAGAGACCUCAUUCUCUUAACCGUAACUACCUCUGCCCUAAACUUCUCCCCUCAUUUUCUUGCCUUAGCGAGCGAAUACCUUGCCGGAAAUCAAUCUGAAUUCGCCGGAAAUUUUCAUGAAAUUUCUGGAGAAUCCUCUGAGAUCGCUGGAAAAUCACUUGAUACUACCAUUACAGACCGAGUUUUCAUGGACUUUAGCGUUUGCCCCAGCUAUUUCAGGCCGGAAAGGACGGCUGAAGAAGACUUACCGGCAUGUUCAGACUUAGAGCUCCUAGGAAGGGUCGUUUUAGGGCUUUAUGGGAAGCACUUGCCAAGAACUGUGGCCAACUUCAAGGCCAUGUGUAAUGGAUCUGCUGGUUCUUCAUAUAAAGGGAGUCUUGUUCAAAAGGUGUUUCCUGGCCAAUAUUUAAUGGCGGGGAAACAGGGGAGAAGGGAUAAAGGAGAGGUCCAGGUUCCAUUGGGGUUAGAGAGGAAUACGGAGACUGUUGAUCCUCGAGCUUUCCUUUUGAAGCAUGUGAGGCCUGGGACCCUUUCUCUUUGUUUAUCAGAGAAUGAUGAUGAAGAUGAUGUGAAGCUCGAUCCAAAUUAUAGGAAUGUUGAGUUUUUGAUCACCACCGGGCCUGGACCUUGCCCCAAUCUGGAUAACAGAAACAUUGUGUUUGGAGCCGUGCUUGAAGAUGAUGAAGGGGCUCAAAUUGCAUAAACACCGCCAGUAUGGAUGGGAUUUCAAAUUCCUUAGGGAAAAAACACAGGAAGGAGAACUACUUUGCAUUCCCAAUUUCAAAGUCCGUGCUUUUUGUGGAUAAUAUUUGGUCCUACACAGCCCGUAACAAAGUGGAAACACUGGAUCCUUUUUAAGUUCAAAACAAGAAGACCCUUCUUUUAAAGGCACUUGGUGAAGUUAUGACCCAUUGCAUCCUCUAUAAAAGAUAAAAUCAAGGAGAGGACUUUGGGGGAGAGCAGGAGACUGAAGAGAAAGGAGAAGAACUAUGACUAGAGAAACUGAGAAAGAGAAGAUUUUAUAAGAGAAGAAGGGAGGCGUUGUUUGAGCCAAAGGUGGCUCAAAGCAUUUUUAUUUCCUUAGGUGAUAGAUUCAUUCAUUUUUUCCUUGUUUCGAGAUUCAGGGGUCUUUCCCUCAGAUGUAAUUAACCUCGCAUCAAGUUGAUGCCCUUGAAGAGUGUACCCUCAAAUAAAUAAAAGAAAUCCCAAAGGUAGAUCUUUUUUUUGUGA